GCCAGCUCGCCUUAGCGGAUCGUCGACUUCUUGGGACAUCGAGUCGCACGUUGCAGCACACACACACAACACGACGAACCCAACGACGACGGCGACCAAUACCUCCACGUUAGCGCACCACCACCAAUUAACCCCAACUACGCUAGCUGCAGCAAUCAUAGACAACACAGCACUAUGAGGGCCUUCUUGCCGCUACUCUCGCUAAGCGCCGUCGCGCAGGCGCUCUACUUCUACAUCGAUGUCACAUCGCCCAAGUGCUUCUUCGAGGAGCUGCCCAAAGACACUCUGGUCAUGGGCCACUACACGGCCGAGGAAUGGGACGACCACCGGCAAGCAUGGUGGAAGCACGAUGGAAUAAGCAUCUACAUCUCCGUCGACGAAAUUUUUGACAGCGAGCACCGCGUGGUCUCCCAGCGUGGCGGGGCCAGCGGCAAGUUCACCUUCACGGCCGCCGAGGCGGGCGACCACAAGAUCUGCUUCACGCCGUCCUCCAACAGCGGCCGGUCCAACUGGCUUUCGCUCUCGUCGCCCAACGGCGGGAUCCGGCUGACGCUGGACGUGGCCAUUGGCGAGACCAGCGCCAUUGAGAGCUCCGACAAGGACAAGAUCCAGGACCUGGCCACGCGCGUCAAGGACCUGAAUGCACGCCUGAACGACAUCCGGAGGGAACAGGUUUUCCAGAGAGAACGCGAGGCCGAGUUCCGCGAUCAGUCCGAGAGCACCAAUGGGCGCGUGGUGCGGUGGAUCCUGAUCCAGCUGACUGUCAUUGGCAUAACAUGCGCAUGGCAGCUGUCUCAUCUGCGCUCGUUCUUCAUCAAGCAGAAGCUCACAUAGACAAGAGUCCACGGAGGGUCUGGCACUUCUCUCCAGAGGCUCGUGUGACAUCAAAUAUUGUAAUUGGGGAAAGACUGGACGCUUUUGGUCUCUCGUAAGACACCAACAUGUAAGCGCGAUGUCGAUUUCCUGCCGGGAAGGGCUGGGGACAGUAUGGGUGUAUCAGUGGCGAUCUUGCCACCAUCCCUUUAUACAUCUAUAUAUUAACGGCCAGCGAUAGCUAUGGAGACACUUACGGUUUACGACCAGAGCUGACUGAGACUUGGGGCUACAUUAGCUUGGAGCGGAGGUUUUUUUUUCAACUUUAAAAUAUAUUGCAAUGUACAAGAAUAGAGUGGCAUCAAGUCUUGAUCCAAGUGAAGUGAUAACUCGACGAUAUGGCCGCACACAAUGACACCAUGUGC